UUUGGAUUUCAGAUCUUGGGCCCGACAAGUUUGUUACCGUAAUUUCGUGUUCUAUAUAAAUCACCUCCCUCCUUCAGCUGUUCAACCCUAAACCCUAGUUCUGCAGCAGCCAUCCGUUUUGUAAGGAGGUUGUAAGAAUUGCCGGUGAGUGAUUACAAUGGCUCCUGCUAAGGCGGACAAUGCCAAAAAGGCUGAUCCCAAAGCUCAGGCUUUGAAGACAGCAAAGGCUGUCAAAUCAGGUGGCCAAGUGUUUAAGAAGAAAGCUAAAAAGAUCAGGACAUCUGUUACAUUUCACAGGCCAAGGACAUUGAAGAAAGAAAGGAACCCUAAGUACCCUCGUAUUAGUGCUCCACCCAGAAACAAGUUGGACCAUUACCAGAUACUUAAAUUUCCUCUAACUACUGAGUCUGCAAUGAAGAAAAUUGAGGAUAACAACACACUGGUUUUUAUUGUUGACCUCCGUGCUGACAAAAAGAAGAUUAAAGAUGCUGUGAAGAAGAUGUAUGACAUUCAGGCGAAGAAAGUGAAUACUUUAAUCAGGCCUGAUGGAACAAAGAAAGCCUAUGUUAGGUUGACUCCAGACUAUGAUGCCUUGGAUGUAGCUAACAAGAUUGGUAUCAUCUAAGAUGUACUCUUGAUUUUUGCAAAGCCAAUCCUUCAUUGUUAAGAUAGUUGUUCUACAUGUCCUGAGUUAGGACUCUUUGUUUUCCAUAUGUAUUAACUAUUGUUUAUUCAAUUUUGAGUUCAGAACAUUUUUAUGAAUUCAGUUUUAUACUAGUAUAAUUAAUAAUUAAUCUGUGACUGAUUGCUUUAUCA